GACCGGAGAGGGCGGGCGUGUGGAGGCUUCCGGAAGUGCUAGGGGCCCCCGCGCAUUACGGACCCGGAUCCCCGAGCUGCGAUGUGGCUGGAGGUGGGGGGCCUCCUGCGGGGGACCUGUGGACAGCUGGGCCGGACUGUUGGUCUGCCUUAUGGGGCCCUGGGGCCUGGGCCCCGCUGGUGGGUAAGAUACUGGGGAGGGGUCUCCAAAGUGAAGAGCCCGAGGGAAUGGGCAGGGCCAUGUAAGGGUUCUUGGGCCCAAAAGCUUCAUCAGGGUGGGUCUGGCCGAGGCCUGAGUGAGGAGGACAUUUGCAAGGCCCGGGAGGCCCGGCUCAGGAAGACACCUCGGCCCCAGCUGAGUGACCGCUCUCGAGAACGCAAGGUGCCUGCCUCCCGCAUCAGCCGCUUGGCUAACUUUGGGGGACUGGCUGUGGGCUUGGGGCUGGGAGCGCUGGCUGAGAUGGUCAAGAAGUCCCUGCCAGGAGGAUAUCUACAGUCAGAGGGCAGCUCCCAGCCUGGCUCCAGCCCUUUCUUGUCGGAGGCAAAUGCUGAGCGGAUUGUUCAGACCUUGUGUACAGUUCGGGGGGCCGCCCUCAAGAUUGGCCAAAUGCUCAGCAUCCAGGACAACAGCUUCAUCAGCCCCCAGCUUCAGCGCAUCUUUGAGCGGGUCCGCCAGAGUGCUGACUUCAUGCCCCGCUGGCAGAUGCUGAGAGUUCUCGAAGAGGAGCUCGGAAGGGACUGGCAGGCCAAGGUGGCCUCUUUGGAGGAGGUGCCCUUUGCCGCCGCCUCAAUUGGACAGGUGCACCAGGGAACGCUGAGGGAUGGGACAGAGGUGGCCAUGAAGAUCCAGUACCCAGGCGUUGCCCAGAGCAUCCAGAGUGAUGUCCAGAACCUGCUGGCGGUGCUCAAGAUGAGCGUGGCUCUGCCCGAGGGCCUGUUUGCGGAGCAGAGCCUGCAGGCCUUGCAGCAGGAGCUGGCUUGGGAGUGUGACUACCGUCGAGAAGCAGCUUGUGCCCAGAACUUCAGGCAGCUGUUGGCAGAUGACCCGUUCUUCCGGGUGCCGGCAGUGAUCGAGGAUCUCUGCACUACACGGGUGCUGGGCAUGGAGCUGGCUGGAGGGGUCCCCCUGGACCAGUGCCAGAGCCUGAGCCAGGACAUCCGAAACCAGAUCUGCUUCCAGCUCCUGAGGCUGUGUCUACGGGAGCUGUUUGAGUUCCGAUUCAUGCAAACGGACCCCAACUGGGCCAACUUCCUGUAUGAUGCCUCCAGCCACCAGGUGACCCUGCUGGACUUUGGUGCAAGCCGGGGAUUUGGGACUGAAUUCACAGACAAUUACAUUGAGGUAGUGAUGGCUGCAGCCAAUGGAGACAGAGACCGGGUCCUACGGAAAUCCCAGGACCUCAAGCUCCUCACAGGCUUUGAAACCAAGGCAUUCUCCGAUGCCCAUGUGGAGGCUGUGAUGAUCCUGGGAGAGCCCUUUGCCACCCAGGGCCCAUAUGACUUUGGGGCAGGGGACACUGCCCGCCGUGUGCAGGGCCUUAUCCCUGUGCUGCUGCAGCACCGGCUCCGCCCACCGCCUGAGGAGACCUAUGCCCUGCACCGUAAGCUGGCAGGGGCUUUCCUGGCCUGUGCCCGUCUACGUGCCCAUAUCAACUGCCAGGACCUCUUCCAGGACACCUACCAGCGCUACUGGGCCAGUCGCCAGUCUCAGCCACUGCCUGAAGCCUCCUGACCAGAGGGGAGGUCUGGUCAGACCACUCAGACAGCGUCCCUCUGGGGAAUCCGGCCAGUAGAGGGCCAUCCUCCCUGAGAUGCCUCCUUCCCACUCUGCUCUAGUCUGGGGACCCCACCCAGGCUUCCCAGUCUUGUCUAGCACCCUUCCCCGGGGACUGGGGAACCCUGGGGCUAGGGAACUCCCCAUUUCACACUCCCAUAUCCUGCUCUCCCCACCCCACAGUGGGCAUCCGGGAACUCUACUCCAGGGAUUGAUUUCUUUCUGCCAACAUUUGAGAGAACUUCAGGCUCUCUGCAUGCCAAAGUGGAGAUGCAGAAUCAUUUAGAGGGGAGCCCUCCGCCCGUGCCUCAGGUCUCCCACAGAUCUGGCCAAUGAGAGGGGAGGGGUGGUGGUUGGUGGAGGCAGCCUCCCUCACCCCUUCACCAGCUGCCUUCUCCCUGCCCAUCCUCUGUGUUGGGGAGGGGUUGGGGGUGUUUGAACCUUCAGUCUGAAUAAAAGCGAACCUCCCCUUC